CAUAGUUGUGGAUUCCCGUCAGAGUGGUCUCAGGUACCGGGUGGAUGGAUGGGCGCCUGGGCGGCGGGACAUAUGUCUUCUGUUUUUCAGUGGUUGCAUAGAAAUUUAAAUCCGCGGAAAGGGCGCGGUGUGUUAGUGAGUAUCAGUGCUCUGAGCCGAGGAUGUAGCAGCCGGCGCCCUUCCCCACCCACUGGUAGGGAGAAAUGGGAGGACCCAGUGGUGCCCAUGAACCCACAGCCUUUCUCAGUCUUUGCGAUGACUACGCCUUGGAAAGAUAUUUUGCAAAAUGUGCAGCUCAUUCAAUAUGUGGCUCCCAUUGCAAUAGACAGAGCACUACUUGAAGGUGUUCUAAUGAGGACUAAAGAUGACCCCAAUGCUUCUGAUGUUGUGAAUUUUGCACCUUUUACACUGUUCCCAUCUCCAGUAUCAAAAAGUCUGCUUGAACAAGCCUAUUCCACUCAACAAGACUUUAAUCUACUAGUGGAUAAAGUUAGUCAGGAUACAGAAUUCCUAGAGUGCACUCUUGCCAGUAUCAUUAAAGUGGAUGACUUUACAGCUCAACUGUUUAAAAUUUACAAGCAGGUUUUGGAUGAAGGAAUUGCUCAGUCAUUGGUUUUAGGAAUCAAUCGCUCUGAUUACAUGUUUGACUAUGGUGCAGAUGGUUCUCCAGCUCUAAAACAAGUAGAGAUAAAUACCAUUGCUGCAAGUUUUGGAGGCCUCACAUCUCGAACCACUACAGUACACCGGCAUGUGCUGAAUGUUUUGGGGAAAUCAAAGGACGCCUCCAAACUGCUUUCCAAUAAUCCAUCAAAAGGAAUUGCUAUGGGCAUUGCAAAAGCUUGGGAACUCUACGGCUCAGAUAGAGCAGUGGUGAUGUUUCUGGUUGAAGAGGCUCAGAAAAAUAUUUUUGACCAACGUUGUAUAGAAAAUGAAUUAUGGAUAAGGAAUAUCAAGGUGAUCCGAAAAAGUUUUAAAGAUGUGUUUGAAAAAGCAUCCUUGGACAGUGAAAAGAAACUGUAUAUAGAUGGGGAGGAAGUAGCAGUGGUAUAUUACAGGGAAGGCUAUAUGCCAACAAGUUACAAUGAACAGAACUGGGAAGCACGGUUAUUACUGGAAAAGUCCAAAGCAGUUAAGUGUCCUGAUAUAGCUACACAGCUGGUUGGAACCAAAAAAGUUCAGCAGGAACUCAGCCGACCAGGAGUCCUGGAAAGAUUCUUGCCAAACGAACCAGAAGCAGUGGCUCGAUUGAGAGCAACAUUCACAGGUCUCUACUCUUUGGAAAUGGAUGAAGAGGGUGAUAAAAUGGUUGCCAUUGCUAUUGCUGACCCAGAUCGAUUUGUGUUAAAACCACAAAGGGAAGGAGGAGGGAAUAAUCUCUAUGGAGAUGAGCUCAAACAAGUUCUGGAGAAAAUUAAGGACAGUUCUGAGAGGACUUCUUAUAUUCUCAUGGAUAAGAUAAAGGCUCUCCCAACACUAAAUUACUUAUUGAGGGCUCAUUGUCCACUGAAAAUAUCAGAAUGUGUGUCUGAAUUGGGAAUCUUUGGAGUCUAUAUCAGACAUGGUCAGAAGUUUGUGCUGAACAAGCAUGUGGGUCAUCUCUUGAGAACAAAGGCUAUGGAACAUGCAGAUGGUGGAGUGGCAGCUGGUGUAGCUGUCUUGGAUACUCCCUAUGUGAUAUAAAAAAGGGACUUCGUAAUCAAACUUAAAAUUCUGUUUAAUAAUUUGCAGUCCUACUCAGAAAAUAGAGGAUUCUAAAUUACCUACAUUGAAAUUUUCUGAUGCACGUCAUGGACGUACUGUGCUUUUAAAAAUCAUGGUCAACUGGUUGAUAAGCAUCUCCUAAAAGAGCAUGUGGAUUUCUGAUAGCAGAAAAUAUUCUUGAUAACUUUCUACAUAUUCAAAAUGUAAUUCCAUUUUUCUCAGAGUAGCAUUAAGGAAUGAAAUUCUUCCAGAAUUACAGUCUUUUGGGAAACUUCUGUUUCACUCUGUUUCUGCCUAAAAAUGACCUGAGAACAAAUAAGAAUCGUGUAUCCAUAUUGGUUUUUAUGGUGCUUUUGAUGAGCUCCUUUAAAAGAUGCACAAACACUAGCAUUGGAUAAAGGGACAUAAUAAAAAUUUCAGUUUCAGUGAUUCUCUGCAGCCAUCUAUUUUAUAAAGCAACAAACCUAAGAAAAAGGUGAAAGAUGUGUUUAGUAGGAAAUUAUUUCAAAACCAACUCUUAACAUGCAAAACGUCUAUAGCAGCCAGGUUUACUAGAACUAAUUUGAGCUAAAAAUAGUAGUGAAACUCAUCAGUUCUGACUAUUUCAUGUCUGAGUAAAUGAUAGGUGAUUACAAAAAAUGUGUCAAUACUUCUUGAAAAAGAAAGCAAAUGUGUAAUAUAUUUAGAAAUCAGAUCUACUGAUGUGAGGAACAUAUAUAUUAAUAUAGUUAUUUUUUUAAAACUCAAGAUUCUUAAAUCUCCAAAAGCUGUGAAACAAUGGAAUUUUUUGUUGCAGAAAACUGAAUAUUCUUCUUGUAAUAGCACUGACGGUAUAAUAUCUUUUCAGCCUUUCACACCUUUAUCACUUUGCUUUAAAAAGAUGACAUCUCUAUAUGUCUCUGUUGUUCAAGAGCACUGUCUCACUUUACACAUAGAUAUCUUGACUACAGCCUUAAUGCAUUUUAGAGGACAGACUUAGAGAAUUAAUGGAGCUAUAUGAGGGCAUAAGUAUUAAGAAUCAGUAGAAUAAUUUUCUAAAUAAUAUACUUGAUAUCGAUUGGAAAUUAUUCUGAAAAAUAAUGGGUGACAAUUGGGUCUGCCACCCCCACUUUUCCUCCUAAGAUUAAGACCAGGGGGGUACCUUGUUGAUAAAAGUUGACUGCAACCAAUUAAUAAUCGAUACCACAACAAGGAUAUGCAUUGCUUUGGAUUCAAAGGCAAAAACAUGCCCUGGGGGCACAGGGACAUUUACACAACACAGCUUUGCAAUUUUUUAAAGCAGCCACCUCUUCUUGGGGUUGCAUGGUUGAUGUCUGCAAUUGCAACACACUCCUAGAAAAAGAUGUACUUCGUUUAGGGAGAUGCAGCCAGGUGCUGGUACAUCCUCCAAAUCACCUGUUUGCCUUUGAAUCCAAAGCAAUGUACAGCCCUGAUAAUGAGUCGCAAUUUGAAAACAGGUAGUCCUCGACCCACAGUAGUUUGUUUAAUGAUCGUUCAAAAAGAGCACUGAAAAAAAUAACUUAUGACCAUUUUUCAGUUACAACCAUUCCAGCAUCUCCAUGGUCAUGUGAUCAAAAUUCAGACACGUGGCAAUUUAGUCAUGACAGCUGGGGACAUGUGAUCACCUUUUGCUACCUUCUGAAAAGCAAAAUCAAUGGGGAAGCAAGAUUUACUUAACCCUAUUAGUAAUUUAAUAACUGCAGUGAUUCAGUUAACAACUGUGGCAAGAAAGCAUAAAAUGGAACAAAACUCAACAACUGUCUUGCUUAGCCACAAAAAAAAUUGGGUUUAAUUGUGGUUGUACGUUGAGGACUAUCUGUAAAGUGUUUAAUAGAAAUCUUACUUUAUAGAACCAGUUAUGUUGGGGCCUUUUUAGUAGACCCUUUAACUGUUAGGUUUACUAAUUUAUAAACAAAUGCAAACGGAAGAAACGAUGCUAGAAAUGUUAAGCAAAACAGGUGAGACUCCUGGUUUAUCAUUCAAAACAAGGAACAUAAAACAUGUGUAAUAGGUUUUAUCUUUUUAAUUUAUUCCAAUUAAAACAUUUUUCCCAUUUUCCCAGCCAUAUUUAUAUCAUUCUGUGUCCAAAAAUAAGAGGAAUUUGUAUCAACAGCAUUUAGUAAGCCACUGGCCUACUAACGGUGCUGUAGAACACAGUUAUAUGCAUAUCAAUGUUGCAGAUCACACACAAGUACACUUGGACUACCACCAGCAGAUUAAAAAAUGAAAAAUAUACUCAUGAGCAAAGAUAAAGCAAUGGUCACAGUAGUCAAAUACACAAUAUGAGGGGCAUACAGAUGUAAGUUGUUCUAUGGAUAAUGCAGACAUCUUCAGGGAUGCAACAACAUAGUUAUCACAGGCAAAAAAAUGUUUCAGAUAGUAAAUAGCAGUUUCCAAUACAAAGACAUUUCAAGGUGAACAGCACUAUGUGCUGUAAUGCCUUGGAAAUUUUGAAACAAACCUUUCCCAUUGUAUAUAUUUAUUAAUCUGCAAGGAUUAAAGAGUUCACAUUUUCCUCACCUAAGUACCCAUAUCAGAUCUAAAACUAAAUUUGAUUUUGCCUUUGCUCUUUCAAUGGGAACCACUCUAAUUUCAAGAAGCAAGAAUAAUGAACUAUGAAUAAAGUCAUCUAACUGAAGAAAAUGUGUCUGCUGUUUGGUGGCCAUUUUUCUUUCUUUCAUAAGAGCAGCAGCUUGACUUUGGUCAUACACAGGAUCUACACCUGGAAGACAUUUCUUCAGUGUAACCAGACCAUUCCAACAGUCCAGAAUCUCUGAAUAUAUUUAUUCAUUUCCUUUAUGUGAUUGUGGAACACAAGCUGAUCAGACAAUGACUUCCUUUAAUAUUUAUAACAUCUGUUGCUCACCCAUUAAUGAAAAUAGUUAUAUCUCCCCAGAUUCAACCGGCAUUGACAUUGCACCAAAUAUUUCUAGCCAAAAAAA